ACGUCGUCUCAUGUAUGUUCAGAUACCGCACAUAUAUAAAUUAAGCAAAUUAUUAAGCAAGCAUAGCUGAUUCAAAAACCCCAAACUUGAAAAUCGUCGUCACUCUCACCCUCAAUGUCUCCAAAACCAAGAGAAGUUGUUGUGAGAUUAAGGAACAAAUUAUUCCUAACCUUUUUGAUAUGGCAAUUAAUACCCUCAACUCUCAUCUUCCUUCUCUACUUUUCCAUUAUCCCCAACACCUCAUUUUCGUCUUUUCCCCUUUUCCUCUUUUCCCAAUUCAUCUUCUCCGUUUCUAUCUCCUUAAUCCCUUCACCUUUUGGUCCUCGUAAAAUCAACCUCUCGCUCGCUUUCCUUCUCUUUGUCCCCAUCUUCGCGUUCUCCUGGUCCGUUGCGGCGCUUUGUCUCUUUGGAAGAGUUGGGUUUAGGGGUUUUCUUGUUGGUGCCUAUUAUGGGGUUAUUUACGUUGAUAACCGUCGUUGGCUUUGGGUUCUUGAGUUUCCCUUUAUUCAGCAUCAUCCUUUAUUGACUUUUAAGAGGCGGAUUCCUUUUGCUGCUAAAUAUGCUUAUAAGCUUUCCAUUGUUGGUUUCUUUUCUUCUGCUAUUUUAUCGGUGAUGAUUCCUGACCCUGACCCUUUCAUCAAGUGCAUCACUGCAACUCGGGAGUUUGUAGCCGAGCAGAUUGUGUUAUUUGUUGCUACUUUUGCUAUCUUCUUCUGUUGGGAAUUGACUCAUACUUUACAUCGGGUUUUACAUACCAAGAGAUUCGUAUUUGCUCCCCCAAAAGGAUCAGCAGCCGCAGAGAAAAAUCCAAGUGAGCUCCUCCUUUCAGUUCUACAGCGGAGUAAUCCAACAUCUCUUCUUCGAUAUCAUGCUUAUCUUGAUCUCUGUAUGGUUUCCGAGAACAAUGUUGACGCUUGGCGGCGUGCGGCAAUUUUUGAAAAAACCGGUCAGACUUACAAAUUGGUAAUUGCUGUGUGCUUGAGGCCUUUGGAACAACUUGCCUCAAGAUUACGCAAGGACUUGGGGAAUUCUGCCGGGAAACCUACAAAUCUAUCAAAUCAAUUAUCCUCCCCAACAGAUGUGAAGCACAUAGAAGAACUGGAUAACUUCCAGUCAUAUGCUUGGUGUUCAAGGAUUGUUGCCUCACUGACUGCCCGUUCAUGCAAAGAAGAUAAGUUUGGGUUUGCUCGGCUUUCUGGGAGUAACACUGCUGUGGUUUCAACCCUGAUAUCAUGCCUUCUUGCUGUUGAGAAUUUCAUGGGAAAGAAAACAAACCUGCAAUCACCAAAUCAGUUGGGAUCUGCUGUUAAAAGAGAAAAUGGGCCAGUGAAUUCAAAAGCUUAUGCUAUUGCUGAUGUUCUCAAGACAUCAAUCUACCAAAUAGUAUCUGUAUUCCAUGAUGAGAUGUUGUCUGAUCUUAAAUCACGUAAUUUGGAGAAGGACUGGAUCACAAGCAAUACACCACGUUUUGGUACUCGCAGGAUGCUUAUUCAAAAAUUACAUCUUUUCCUUGCUUUUCAGGCUACCUAGAUGGUACAUUGGUACGUGGUUUGGUUGCUACUUAACUGGACUAAACAACAUGCUUGUAAGAGGCUAUACAAAUUGGAUGUAUUCAAGUAGAGUUGAUAAUUAUAUAGUUGGUAGGGAUAGAAGGAAAAGGUUCUCAAUUUUGUUGUUAGAAAUUAGAGAUGGAUAUUAAUCUGUAGUGAUUAUGUGGAACAUACUUGCAUAUGCAGGUGAGUUAUCUAUAGUAUUUACACCUAAAACUAAUCAUCUUAACCAUUUGA